GUUCAGACAGGGCAUGUUGGUGCCCCGUGGUCCUAUCAAUUGGAGCAGGCAGGAAGGAAUAUUUUCUUUUUUACCAACCGCCGACCAACUAGCGAGUAAGGCAAGAAGUCAAGUCCACAUUUUUACGAAAUUCUAGUGGGACCCGCCUGGAGAUGCAGUGGAAAGCUGGUUUUGGUCGGAAGCCUCUGCGCUGAUCAAGAGGCCAUCUUCAAUCCAAAGCACGAGUGUACAGAGCAGCCAGUCCCUCCCGGAGCUGCUGGUCGUCUGUCUGUCUGUCUGUCUCUCAAACUCCACUUCCAAACCCUAACUCCUCCCUCUUCCUUGGGAGAGAGGGUCUUGUGGAAGGGGAGGAUGAGAUUCAGCUUCUCUGUGUUCCGAAUAUCUUGGGCUGUUGGAUUUUUGAGUUAGCCUUGCAUGUGGUAUGGAGUUUAAGAAAGGAAAGCUCGUGAGUUUUUGAAUAUUUAGGACCUUAAGGAAGCAGAAUUCGCUCAAUUAAGCCUAGGGACCACUGUCUGGGUUGGUUUAAGUUUUAUUCUGAUGGAAGGCAAGAGAGAGAAUUACCAUGGGAAACUACUGAUCCAUCACGCCCAGCGAAGUCAUGUUCUGGAUACAAGGUCUCAUCUUCCUUGUUGAAAACUGAUAAUUGUGUGGUAGGGGGCAGAAAUAGUUUAACAGAGACUUUUAAAUUUGGGAAAUCCAAGGUGUUCCCAGAGGACCCAGAGCCAUGGCGUAAGCGAAUUCUUGAUCCGGGCAGCGAGAUCGUACUACGGUGGAACUGGGUUUUCAUUGUCUCAUGCUUGGUGGCACUUUUUAUUGAUCCUUUAUAUUUGUACUUGCCUGUUAUUGGAGGGAACGCAGACUCACCGUGCGUGAGGACAGAUGUAAAUUUGCGCAUUGCUGUGACCUGUUUACGGACUGCAGCUGAUUUCUCCUAUUUGUUGCAUGUGAUUAUUAAAUUCCGGACAGCAUAUGUUGCCCCAAGCUCAAGGGUUUUUGGGAGGGGUGAACUUGUUAUGGAUCCCAAAAAGAUUUCCAGGAGGUAUAUUAGAUCCGACUUCUUCAUUGAUCUGCUUGCUACAUUGCCUCUUCCUCAGAUUGUCAUAUGGUUCAUUAUACCAGCAACAAGAAGCCCCCGAACAGAUCAUAACAACAAUGCCCUUGCGCUCAUUGUUCUGCUCCAGUAUGCUCCUAGAUUAUAUCUGAUUUUUCCAUUGAGUUCUCAAAUUAUAAAAGCAACUGGAGUGGUCACGAAGACUGCUUGGGCAGGGGCUGCAUAUAAUCUGCUACUGUACAUGUUGGCAAGCCAUGUUUUAGGGGCAGCAUGGUAUUUGCUGUCAGUGGACCGACAUAUUUCAUGCUGGAAAUCAGAAUGCAAAAAGGAAUCUGGCCCUAUAAAAUGCUUUCUUAAUUAUCUAGAUUGCGAUGCUUCUAACCAUAAUGAUCGCAUGAUUUGGGCAAAUGGUACAAAUGUGUUUAAGAACUGUGAUCCUGAUAAUGAUAUCAGCUUUAAAUAUGGCAUCUUUGAAAAUGCUGUAUCAAAACAAGUUGUCUCCACAAGCUUCAUUAAGAAGUACUUGUAUUGUUUAUGGUGGGGCUUACAACAACUAAGUUCAUAUGGGCAGAAUUUGUCAACAAGCACAUUUAUUGGGGAAACAGCAUUUGCCAUACUUAUUGCCAUCGGGGGUCUGGUUUUGUUUGCACAUCUAAUUGGGAAUAUGCAGACGUACCUGCAAUCCAUCACUGUGAGGCUUGAGGAAUGGAGACUUAAGCGAAGAGACACUGAGGAGUGGAUGAGACAUCGCCAGCUCCCUGAAGACCUGAGAGAGCGUGUUAGGCGUUUUGUUCAAUAUAAGUGGCUUGCAACUCGAGGAGUUGAUGAAGAAACUAUUUUGCGUGGCCUACCUGCUGAUCUUCGUCGUGAUAUUCAACGUCAUUUAUGCUUGGACCUUGUUCGACGUGUGCCCUUCUUCUCACAAAUGGAUGAUCAAUUGCUUGAUGCAAUAUGUGAGCGUCUAGUGUCCUCCUUAUGCACUGAGGGCACUUAUAUUGUUCGUGAGGAUGACCCUGUGACAGAGAUGCUCUUUAUUAUUAGGGGGAGAUUGGAGAGUUCAACUACCAAUGGAGGACGGACUGGUUUUUUCAAUUCAAUUACAUUGAGACCUGGAGAUUUUUGUGGGGAGGAGCUGCUUGCAUGGGCAUUGCUUCCAAAAUCCACCCUUAAUUUGCCUUCUUCAACUAGAACAGUCAGAGCCCUUGUUGAAGUGGAAGCGUUCGCACUGCGAGCUGAAGAUCUCAAGUUUGUAGCCAAUCAAUUUAGACGUCUCCAUAGCAAGAAGCUGCAGCACACCUUCCGGUUUUACUCCCAUCAUUGGAGGACAUGGGCUGCCUGCUUUGUACAGGCUGCAUGGCGUCGGUACAAGAGGAGGAUGAUGGCUAAAGACCUCGCAACAAUGGAAUCAUUUGCUUUCGAUGAGAAAGCUGCUGAGGAGACAGGGCAAGAGGAGGAAGCAGCCAAUUUCUCUGCAUGUCCAAAUCCUCAGGCAAAGCCAAACCUUGGGGUCACGAUAUUGGCAUCAAGGUUUGCCGCAAACACAAGGAGAGGAGUUCAGAGGAUUAAGGGUGUUGAGAUGCCCAAGUUGCAGAAACCUGAAGAACCUGACUUCUCUGCAGAGCCUGAUGAUGAUUAGUAGCCUUCCAGCGGGUAGGGGAGUAAGUAAUUGCUAUAGCUUUUGUUUUUCAUUUUUUUUUUUUUUAAAUUAUUCAUUGGGGGAAACAUACCAGAGGCAAGUUAGACUCCUUUCCAAAUAGGUGCUGGAUGUUGGCGUACCCAGUGAAUGCCUAAUGCUUCUACGUUGGAAAUUUUCGCCCUUGCGCAUCCUAAUGGCGGAUCUGUUGUCAUUGGAGGCAGGGCAAGUAAAUCAGUGGUCUGUAGGCUACCCCACCCUGGAGUCAAAGGCGGGGUGUGUGUGCAAAUGGCCUUGGGUCUUACCUAUGUAAAAUCAGCCCGUUGAAUGUAUUAUUAUUAUUAUUAUUAUUAUUAUUAAUUUAGUGGCUUAUGUUUAUCAUACAAUUUGUGAUUUGCUGUUGCAAAUUCGACUACGUACUACUGCAUAUAACAACGCCGAAUUUUACACUA